AUGGCGGAGGACACGAGGGAGGCGGGGGCAUUUCCUGCUCUACGCAUUUCACAGUUGGAUGCCUCUGAGCUGGAUCAUGAAGUUCACUCUAUUUUCAAAACUCAGCUCCUCAAGGCAUUCAGAUAUUUCUCACCAGGGUUGCUGACUAAAAUUGAACCAGAAAUAAAUGCUGCAUUGAGAUUGUUAGUUUGGAAGUUUUCUCUGGAUGCUGUUGAAGCUACAAUAGGACAACAGAUGUUAGGUCUGAGAUACAAGGAUGAUACAGGCAGUUCCAGAUGCGUCAGGUGGAUAUCCAGAAAGCAGAGGAUAUGGUAUGCUGUCCUCACUGUGGGGGGACCUUGGUUGAAGGAGAGAUCACAUGACUUGUCAAAAAUGACACAAAAUAUCAGGCAUAUUGACAAGUUCUGGAAGCUGUUAGACUGGCUCAGUGACCUGUGGAAAAUUGCCACACUUGCAAACUUUCUCAUCUUCCUACAGAAAGGACGCUAUCAAAAGCUGAUAGAGAGAAUUCUGGGAAUUCAGGCAGUAUUUCCCAGAAUGCAAGAGGCUCGGCAGGUCAGCUUUGACUACAUGAGCAGAGAAUUGCUAUGGCAUGGAUUUGCAGAGUUUUUAUUCUUCAUGCUUCCUCUCAUCAACUUCAGAAAAAUUAAAAAUGCCGCAUUAAGGCUCCUGUUAAGACCAUCCAGCCCCGGGGAGCCCUGUGGUCAACCCAGGUGUCCAGCAGAUUACAAGGAGUGUGUGAUAUGUGGACACUGGCCUAACAACCCACACCAGUUAGGAUGUAGACAUGUGUUCUGUUAUUAUUGUAUACAGGUAUGUAUUUAUAUUGUAUAUGUAGACACUAACAACCCACACCAGAUAGGAUGUAGACAUGUGUUCUGUUAUUAUUGUAUACAGGUAUGUAUUUAUAUUGUAUAUGUAGACACUAACAACCCACACCAGUUAGGAUGUAGACAUGUGUUCUGUUAUUAUUGUAUACAGAGUAAUGUGAUGGCUGACCAGUCUUACUCCUGUCCUGUAUGUGAUGGACUUCCUGUUUUAUUAAUAUAGUUUAUCAAAUGUUUACAUUUACUUUAUUCCAGAGUAAUGUGAUGGCUGACCAGUCUUACUCCUGUCCUGUAUGUGGGCAGUGUGUGGAGGAGGAAAGUGCCAUCCAACCAGUAAGAAUCGAGGUUACAAAGGACUUGUAGCCAAUAAGAAAAUGAGAAACAUUAUAUGCAGAAAACAUUGACUGAAGCUAAGAAAUCAACCUAGUUGGAUGUGACAAUAGCCCAUGAAGCAUCAAAUCUGCUUCUGACCAGUGAUAUUAAGUAUUCUUUAAACAUUCAGAUAGAUUCUUUUUCCUUGUUCUUGGGAGAUGUCGACAGUGAGAUGUGGAUUUUGUGAAACACUACUCUUAAGUAAAAAGUCAUUUAUGUAAGAGAGGACUUGUUAAUUGUGAGGAAGUGCUAUCCUGGGGAGUUGAAUAUUGUGCCAAAUUAAAGUGGUUAUUAAAUCAGCCACUUUCAAUUCUUCAUAAAUUAAAAUGUUAUUUUCCUAAAUAAGUUGUUAUGCAUCUUAUUUGUUACAUUACUUAUGUAAGAAAACAUGAAAAAAUACAGACUUUAAUAAAAGUAAUGUUCACAAACUGUGGAUAUUCCAUUAUUUUUA